UGUCUAAAUCAAAUGGUUAUAUUAAAGAGUGUUUAUUAUCAGUCUAGCGUAGUAUAAUAGAGGCCAUGUGUAGUAGGUACUAGUGGUAGUAUCUUAAUAAUCUGUGGCAGUAUCCAUAGUAAUUAGUAGUCUGUCACAGAGUACAUUAAAAUUCAAGUGGUUUGACAUUGCAGAAAAUAUUAUUGCAAAGUUCUGAAAUAAAUCGAAUCUUGUUGCUUAUAAUAUUCCUAGUAGUACUGUUUGGUAUUGUUAUUUAUAAAGCAUCAUGAUUAUCCCAACUGGUAUGUCCGCAAAGGAGAUAGUUAACGACCUGAAAGAAAAUUAUGCGAAAGUGCGCAGAUUGUUGGAUGAGGACAGCAAAAAUGAUCCCGAAGAGGAGCCUUAUUUCUCGAAAUACAAAGCAAAAGAAAUAUUGAAAAAUAUGUACGGAGUAUUAUGUAAUAUGCAGGAAGCUGGAUCGGGGUUAACCAAGGUACAAAUUGAUGCGCUGAAAGGUAUUGUAUUGCUGUCUAUAGGAACUAUAGAUAUGGAGACAGAUGAAUACACUUCCUGUGAGAAAGCAUUAAAGGAGGCCGAAGAAGUACUACUUCCAAGCGCUUUAGCACCCGAAGUCAUAAUAUUGCUUUUAAAUGUUCUAAACAAUCUUGGCUUACUAUGGUCUUUUAGAGGCCAGCCGGAAAAAGCAAAAGGCUAUUUACUGUCUUCGAAAAAAAUUUGUGAAGAUUUCAAAGCCACACUGCUUAUGCCUGUGCCUAUAGAAACCAUUUUGAAUAUUGUUACCCCAAAAGAAGAGACUUCAUUGAUGGAUUUCAUGUCUUUAGAGAAGGCUCACACCUUAACGCUUUACUACCUAGCCCAAGUUUAUGGAGCUUUGAACGAGUGUGUGAAGGCUGCUAUAUAUUGCCAUGUUACACUGAGAAGGCAGUUAAUGUAUAACGACUAUGACCCAAUAGAGUGGGCAUUGAAUAGUGCAACAUUAUCACAAUUUUUUGUCGAGCAAAAUGGAUUUUAUCAAUCACGCUACCAUCUUUCUGCAGCAUCAACUAUUUUGGAUCAAUAUGAGACUGAAUUAUUGGAAUCGGAAAUCCAUGAUGAAGAGUAUUUGGCUAGAAAGGAAACAUUCAAGCAUAGAUCUGCAGAUGUUGCUCGAUGCUGGGUUAAAUAUUGCCUUUUACUAAUGUCAGCUUCCAAGGAUAGACUUAUGAGUGAUGCUGAAAGUGUUACUGAUGCUAUUACAGACUUGUCAAAUUUAACAUUGGAGGAUGAUGAAAACAUCUGUGGGGGUGACAUGAAACGAUUGAAAUUCCUAGAUCUUAACGUUUCUAAAUACGAGGAGAAAAUUACCGAUAAAUAUUUGUUAACAUAUGAAGAUGCACGCGAAGUGUUCAUUUGCUGUCAGCGUUGGCUGAAUAUAGCCAAAGAUUAUUACAAACCAGAUACUUUAGCAUCUGAUCAUAUUGAGUUGGUACAGGAUUGGUCACAGUCAUAUGCGUAUCUUGCUUUCUUUGAAGAAGAUGAUGAAAGAAGAGCUAAAAUGUACAAGAGAAGAGUUGAUAUGCUGGAGGAUUUACUCAAAGAGUUAAAUCCAACAUAUUACCUACUGUAUUGUAGGCAACUUUGGUAUGAACUUGGUCAGGUCUACUCAGAAAUUCUAAACAUUAAGUUGGAGAAACUUAACAAAUUGAAAGAAAAACCUACACCACAUUUGUUGAAAAAAAUUAACAUGCUAUGCGAGAAAAGUAUUGAAAGUUACGAUAAUUUUAUAGCUUCUGUUAAAGACAAAAAUGGGGUAAUGCCAAUUAGACUAGACAGUGAUGUUGUGAAACCAGCGAUUAAUGCUUAUGUCCAUAUUGGAAGGAAUAGUAUGAAAAGGAUUGCAGUUGACAAAAAUACACAUUUGAGUUACGUUAAGAAAAGUUAUGAGUCUUACCAGGGAGUCGUUGAUAUCUGUAAGAAUGAUCCGGAAGCAGCCAAAAUGAUGAAAGAGGAAUACGCAUUGUGCCAGGAGAUGGUUAAUAUUCUACCAUUGAAAAUAAAAAAGUUAGAAAAAGAUCUACAGGCUUAGAUCUUAUUCUAUUUGCGAUUGUUAUAGCAGCUACAUUAGGGUUUUCUUUUUAAAAUUUAUACAUAAUCAGAUAUGACGAUUUUAAUAUUGGCUAUUUAUAAUAUGUAUAUAUAAUACUAGCUGAGACCAGCGCCAUCUGUCGGGCUGAUUUGUGAAUCUAAACCAUCCAGGGUGCCACCCAAAGGCAUACCAAAAAAUUCAUUCAAAUCUGUUCAGCUGUUUAGGAGGUAUUUAGUGACAUACACACGCACACAAGAAAUAUAUAUAUAAAGAUUGGCUAUAUGGCCAUUUUUGAAUUUUUUUUCAUAUUCAAAAUAAGGGUAAAAGGCAGGAAAAUAACAAUAAAAUGUCAGUUUCACUUAACAAACAAUAUGUCAAUGGACUGUUUUAAAUAUUUUGGGUCUCAUGUAAUACAUAUUUGCUUUGAUUCUUUAAGGUCACUCUAAAAAAAAGAAGAAUAUGGCGGACAGUAGAUAAACUCUUCUUAAAACUAAAAUAUAUUUAAAAUCCAUUAUAUCUAAGCUGAGUGUAGCUGCUAAACGAUUAUUUGCUAAAAUAACCUGAGCUGUAUAGUACACUGCUUCUAUAGUUUUGUGAUAUAGCAAUUAGUUUUUCAAAAUUGGCACUGUUGUCUUAUUUUUGUGUAUAACCUAAGUGAUAAUAUUUAUUCCAAGCUGUUAA